CCAUCCCCCGGAAGCCGCUAAAUUCCAUUCCAAACGCUCCGAGACGUCGAAACCCCUCUCUCUCUCUCUCUCUCUCUCUCGGCCGCCGGCGGCCGACCCAAGGGCGCAGCGCGACGCCGGGGGGCUCUACUCCGGUCCUCCCCAAGCUUGCACCCCGUGGGGCCAGUUUAACCAUGACUGCUCAGAAGAAGAGGGGUUCUGUGGAAAAUGGGAAUGGUGGUACCGGAUCAGGCCUCGCUGCCUUCAUUGCGAACAAUGAGGAUUUGGGUCCCAUUGUCCGGCACUCUUUCGAGUCUGGGAAGCCUGAAACUCUCUUGCACAGCCUUAGGAACAUCACGAAGAAUAAGGAGGUUGAGAUUGAAGAGAUCUGUAGAAUUCAUUAUGAGGAAUUUAUCCUUGCGGUCGACGAGCUACGUGGCGUGCUGGUUGACGCUGAUGAGCUUAAGGGUACAUUGUCUGGUGAGAACCUGCUCUUGCAAGAGGUUGCUAGCACUUUGCUGUUGAAGCUCGACGAACUCCUUGAAUUGUAUUCGGUAAAUAGGAAUGUUGGGGAGGCCCUAGCUACAUUGAAGAUCUGUCUGCAAGUUACCAGUCUCUGCAAGAUAUGCAACAGGGACAUUGCAGAAGCCAAGUUUCAUUCUGCAUUGAAAACUUUGGAGUUGAUUGAGAAGGACUACCUGCAAAAUAUUCCUCUGAAGCUUCUGAAAAAUGUUAUUCAGAAACAAAUUCCUAUGAUAAAGCUGUACAUCGAGAAGAAAGUUUGUAGUGAGUUUAAUGAGUGGCUUGUGUAUAUCAGAAGGAUUGCAAAGGAGGUUGGGCAGGCUGCGAUUGGCCUGGCUUCUCUGGCUCGUCAGAAAGAUGAGGGAAUGCGUGCCCGACAGAGGGAAGCAGAAGAAUGUAGCCGCGUCGGAUUCGAUGAGCAUGCUUACACCUUGGAUAUGGAGCACAUGGAUGAGGAACCAAUGUUAGAAUUUGAUCUCACACCAGUGUACAGAGCGCACCAUAUUCACAUAUGUCUUGGUCUUGGGGAAAAAUUUCGAGAAUAUUACUAUAACAAUAGGCUCAUGCAACUCAAUUUGGACCUGCAAAUUUCUACAUCACAACCCUUUGUUGAGUCUUAUCAACCUUUCCUUUCUCAGGUAGCUGGCUUUUUUAUUGUUGAGGACCGUGUCCUUCGAACUGCAGAUGGGCUUCUAUCUGAGAGCCAGGUUGAGACAAUGUGGGAAACAGCUAUUUCUAAGGUCAUGUCGAUCUUAGAGGAACAGUUCUCUCGCAUGGAUGCUACCAACCACCUCCUUCUCGUAAAAGAUUAUGUCAGUCUUUUGGGUACAUCCAUGAAGAAAUAUGGAUACCAAGCCACAUCAUUGGUUGAAAUUCUUGACAAAACUAGGGACAAGUAUCUUGAGCUGCUUCUUUCUGAUUGCCGGAAGCAGAUAAAUGACAUCUUUUCUAAAGACUCAUAUGAGCGGAUGGUUAUAAAGAAGGAAAAUGAGUACAACAUGAAUGUCGCAGCAUUUCAACUAGAACCCAUUAACGUGGUACCAGAUUUUCCGUAUGUUGCUCCGUUUUCCUCUUCUGUUCCCAGUGCUUGCCGUAUUGUGCAUUCUUUUAUCGAGGAUUCUGUCAGCUACUUGUCAUAUGGUGGUAGUAUGAACUUGUAUGAUGUGGUGAAAAGUUACUUAGACAAGUUGUUAAUUGAUGUACUAAAUGAUGGUUUUCUAAACCUGAUACAUGGUGGCUCCCUGGAAUUUCCACAGAUGGUGCAGAUUGCAGGAAAUAUUGCCAUUCUCGAGCAGUCCUGUGAUAUGUUCCUCUUGCAUGCUGCAAAACGUUGUGGUGUUCCUAGGCGACUUCUUGAGAAGCCCCAUUCUGGUUUGACUGCUAGAGCUGUGCUCAAAGCCUCCCAGAAUGCAGCAUACAAUGGAUCAAUAACUUUGGUCAAUUCCAAGAUUGAUGAGUUUAUGUUGCAGUUGACUAGCAUCAAUUGGACUGUGGAGGAAGCUCCAGAACACGCAAAUGACUACAUGAACGAAGUCAUAAUCUAUCUUCAUGCAGUAGCAUCUUCUGGGCAGCAAAUUUUACCAAGAGAUGCCCUAUACAAGGUCGUAUCUGGUGCACUAAGCCACAUCUCAGACUCUAUAAUAACAGUAUUUCUUAGUGACAGGGUGAAAAGGUUCAAUGCAAAUGCUGUUGCUGGUAUUGACAUUGACCUAAAAAUGUUGGAGGGGUUUGCAGAUGACACAUACCGCAGCACUGGGUUGUCAAACCUGAGAAAGGAAACGAGUUUCAAAGAUUGUCUAAUUGAAGUAAGGCAGCUAAUCAAUCUUCUGCUCAGCAACCAGCCUGAAAGCUUCAUGAAUCCUGUAAUCAGGGAGAAGAAUUAUGGAUCUUUGGACCACAAGAAGGUGGCAAUUAUUUGCGACAAGUUCAAAGAUGCCCCAGACAGCUUGUUUGGGAGCCUUUCAAGCCGAAACAUGGUGCAGAAUGCCCGAAAGAAGUCCUUGGAUGUGCUGAAGAGAAGGUUAAAGGAUUUUUGCUGAGAUUGUCUAUGCUGCAUCUCAGAAUAAGCUAGUAAUCCCUCUAGAAGAACACUGUUCUAGUGUUGGUCUAAAGCCGUUUCAAUUUCCUUUCCCCCCUCAUUUAAUGUAGUUGUAAUGAUCUCUAUAGGUCAAAACUUGACUAUUAUGAUGGCAGUACUCUUGUUGUGAUAUUGCCUCCGGUAACACUAGUACCCAUGAAUGAGGAUGAAUAUAUGCCCAGAGCAGAAUGCAUGACUGCCCCCCCCCCCCCGGGGGUAUUAGAGUCAGGUCUGAGUGUGAGGAAAAUUUCUGUUGCAUUCGCUCAAGUUCUCUUGUUUAGGAAGGAAUUGUAUUCUUAUUCGGUA